UUCUCCUUCUCUCUAUCUUAAAAAAUGCCCAAAGUUAUGCAUUUGAGAGACGAAACCACCAUUAAGUCUAAGGUUUAAUUUCUCUUUCUUAUUUGUUUUUUCUUAGCUAGCCUCCCUUGUCUAUCAUAUCCUCUGUUUCUCCAAACUCCUUACAGCCACCCAACUAAAUGACUAAUAACCUUUUCCAUGGUAAUCACAGAUUCUAACCAGAAUCAAAUCCAUCCCCGAUUCUUGACCACUCCCUGCCUCGCCGCCUAUGAUAGACUAGCCGCAAAUGGAGAAGCUCCGACGACGACUACGGCAGGUUGCAAAUCUGGUCUCAAUCAAAGACGGUAGACGAUUUGGGUUUAUCGAGCAUCAUGUAAGGAUUGGGAACCUAGAAGGGAGGACACAAUUAGGGGAGGAAUAAGAAAGCGAUUGAUGGAUGAAAGUAGAACUAGGUUCAAAAUGGUUCAAAAUGGAGGAAGAAGAAAAGAAUGCAGUCAAAUCGAUUUUUAUGGCGGUCGCGAUGUUGCUUUAUUUGCCUCAUCCUUCUCUUUGCUUCUGUCGCUGUCGAUGGAUCUUGAAACGAGGAAGAAAAGAAAGAAGGGCGGCGCUGGUUUCUGUGCAUAGCAACUACGAUCGCCGCAAAGAGAAACAGAAAUAACGGCUGUCUCGAUGGUCGCCUCCCUGCCCGUCGUUGAAGCUGCUGAUCUUGAUUUGGAAGAACUCGGAUUUGAAGAAGAUGAUUUGUUGAACAAGAGAUUCCUCUUGGCAAGGGGAAGGAGAAGGAAAAGAGAUGGGACAGAUCUUACAAAAAAAAAAAAAAGAAGAGAGAGAUGAGAGAAAAUUAAAAAUAUUUAUUUAAUUUAUAUUUACUUUUCACCUACACAUUUUAAUUGAUUAAUUGUCGCCAACUCAGCCACUCCGUCAGUCCAGUCAGAAAUUUGGUUAACACCGUCAAAGAAUUAACGGAAAUGGCUAUUUGUUAUAUUUCUCCAAAAAUGGUUAUAUUUGUCUAAACUGUCGAAGUUUUUGGCUAAAUAAGUGUAUUUUGCCUUAUAUUAAUGUGUUCGCUUGGAGGGGUAUAGUUUCACCUAUCCUUCCUCGAACCACAACCUAACAAACGAAUGAACGAUAUAUUGGCCGAGGGAGCUACACCGUGCGGUACCUAAUGGGGAGAGGCCGCGAGGAGGAAUUUUACAAUGCUAUAUAGUAUUGGUGUUAUAUGUUUUUGCCUUUAUGAUACAACUUGAAAUUGUACAUUUAACGUUAUUGUACAAUUUUAGAUUAUACCUAUAUUGUUUGUACAAAUUCUUUUAUGGUACACCUUGAACUUGUACCUUUAUGUGAUGGUACAACUUAAAGUUGUAAAGUUCUACCAUAACAUAAUGAUACAACUUCUUUUAUGGUACAAUAUAAAUUUAUACAUCUCAUGUUAUGGUACAACUUUAAGUUGUACUAGCUAUUUGGCCCGCGCUCCGUAGCGGAGUGACUAAAUGGACUGGUUGCUAUUAGCCAACGCUUUAUAGUGGAACCUAAUAGUUUUUCAAAGCAGUUGACCAAUUAGAUAUUAUAAAAGACAGUUAUCAUAAAAAAUUGAUGAUUUGUGGUUAACAACAUUAACUUGUAUUGUACAUUUAUAGUGAAUCUCGUCAUUGUGGGAGUUCAAAGAGAGGGUAGAUCGUGCACUCUUGUCACUUUCAGUUAACCAAUUAAACCUAUCACGAUUAAUGUUUAUGUUAUAAUGUAAACUAACUCUUUUUUAUAUAGUUUAAACUAACACAAUUAGACAUUGAAACUACAUAGUUUUUUUAAGAUUAUCGUGAGACAGAUAUCCAUUUCUUAGAGGCAACAGAAAAGUACAAAGAUUGACUUUAAUUACACAACCAAGAAAAAAAGGCAGGUGGAGAAACAAAUCUGCUAGCUGAGCUUCAGCAGUAGCAGAGCAUAAGAAAACCAGAAGCCCCCAACAUCCACUCAAUCCAUGAAAUUUAAGGUCCAAUUUCCAUUGCAUUAUGCAUGUGAAAGAGGUCGUAAAUAUAGAUGAAAAUUUGAUCACUACACUUCAUUUAGAUGAAUAAAAAUUAUGGAAAACAUAGAUCAAACAUUGCAUAAACUCUUGAGGGAAUCACCCCAGGAAACCUUAUCGACUUCGUCAAGGAAGAAAAUCUGGAAAUGACAUAGGAAGCAAUGAAAGUACCUUAUUACACAGAACCUCAAAUCAUAAAACAAUGAGAAAGCAUACAUGUUAAGAUAGGAUGUCAAGUCUGUAUUCAUAGCUUAACAAAUGAAGAAGCACAUCUCAUGGUCGUCUUAUUCUUAUGCACAUACCUAGCAUUAUACAUUAAGUACCAUCACCAAGAUAAUUUAAUGUCAUGAUUCACUACUUUUAUUUUGUUCCUUAGCCCUUGUCUUGUUAGAUAAAUAAUAUUUUUGGUAUAAGGAUGGAAUAUGAAGAACUGAUAACCUUUGCCUUGUCAAAUAGUCCAUGCUUUAUGUUCUCAAAGUUCUGCCAGCUGCUUUUGAAGCUUUACCAUGUUUUAGAUAUUACUUGUCUGUUACAACCUAGUAACUUCAUGUCAUAGUGGAAAUAGUUUCUGGGGUAAUAUGUUAUUCUUAUUGCUUAGAGGUUCUUGCCGGAGCUAUCUGAUGGCAUUAAGAACUAAUCUGGGCAUUCCUAUACCUCUAUUCUUAAUGACAACAACAUCAAAGAAAAAGUCAUAAAACUCGAGAAUCAGAGCUCACUUUGCUCUGAUUAAUCAUCUCUUUCAUCCUAGAAGCAUUGCUCAGUUAAUUAUCCAGCGAAGUGUAUUGCCGUUCCAAGAAAUAGUCAUGAAUAAAUGCCUCCAACAAUACUCCCCUAACAAAUCAAAUAAAUAAAUUCCAACUGCUUACUGAAUUCUCAACAUUCAUUGAUCCACAUUCAUACUGCAGACCUUAAAGAUCUUUGGAAUUGGAUAAAAACCUAGUAAAUGAAGUUUCAAGAGUCUGAUAAACUUACAGAUUAACAUGCUAAAAUGCCAAUUAGUUUGGAAAAACCGCAAGAGUCACCUUAUUUAAAACUUGUUCAUGUUUCAACAGACAACCAUCUAAUUCACAUCAUACACCACUGACCUCCACCUAGUAAGCUUUCUUUCCAGUCGUGACGUUUCCCGUCGGUGUUCUUCAUCAAUUGAUUUCUAUGCUUUUUAUAUGAGCAUAGGAGAAAUGAGAGAAAGAGACAGCAGUGCUUGAAGGAUUAGCAAGGAGAUGAUUAUCUAAUAUCUUCUUCGAUUGGAUUGAAGUAUAGAGAGGUUGAAUGGAAAGAGGAGAGAGGCGAUGAGGGGACGCAUGGAACACGAAAAGAGAAAAGAGAAUCAAGUCAGGUAUGGACGAUUUUACGUGGACUCGGGCUUGCAAGGGAAUUAACAAUGGAUCUAACGAUCAAUAUUUGCCAGCCCAAAGAAGGGAACUCGGGCUUAGGUAAAUCCGCCCGCAGUGAAUCCUUCGAAUCCCAUGGUACCUCCGAUUAUUUCUUAAGGAACAGUAAUCUCGAUUUAUGAUAAUUUUUGGAUACUAGUUAUUUGAUCCGUGCUCCGCAACGGAAUACCUAGUUUACUGAUGUUAUGCGAUCGUCUCUUCUUUUCGUUUUAAUAUUUAUAACUAGUUAUUUGACCCGUGCUCCGCAACGGAAUACCUAGUUUACUGAUGUUAUGCGAUCGUCUCUUCUUUUCGUUUUAAUAUUUAUAAUAUUUUCAUUGUAAUUGUUGUUUUUCUUUCUUUUUUCACAUAAAUUACAAUAAAGUUUAAUUUCACAAAUCAUUAAACUACAUUGUAAAAAAAGUACCGAACCAACUUUUCAAGAUUCUUUGUUUCUUGUACGAAGUAAUUAUGACUUUCAGUUAAUUGGUCCACGAUCUACAACAAAGAAUAAUCAUGAUAAAUUGUUAAAAAAUUAUUUUGAAUUUGUCAAAAGUUAGUUAUUGUGGCUUGGUUUGGUAAAUCAACCUUUCGUUUUCAUUAUUACUUAGAACGAUAUAAACUUCAAAUAAACAACUUUUCCUUCAAUGGACAUUUUCUUUCUUCAGCCAGCCCAAAGCAGCAAGAAAUUGUUUACACGGUUUUAGAGCGCUAAAAAAUAAUGUAUAUAUGUGCUUAGUACAAAAGGUCAUGCUGAUAUUAAUUUGGGUUAAAUGGUAACAAAGUUCUUGUUUAAUAUUGAAACCUUUCUAGUAGUAUACAAAUAAGGUAAUUGCUAACCGGUUAAUCGUUUUGUUGUCGAAAUUUUUUCAUUGAUGAUGGAGUACUGUUACAACACUGGAAGGUAUAUAGUGAUAGAAUCUUGUUUCAAAACUGAUAAGAUAAUGAUGAAUGAGUCGGUCAUUCUAAUUGAACCAUCAAAGAAGGGAAAAUUCCUUAUAUUGCCUCGUCUAAGAAGAAUUGGAUCCUUGGGAAAGACUCAAAAGUAGAGGAUGUCUGGACAUUACAUACAGCCAGGUGGCAUUUUUCCAUGGCAAAUAAAGACACUUGUAGUUCAUGCACACAUCUUUUUUGCCCAUUCAUCAUGUUCAUGUAUAAUUCACCUCAUCUUCAAUUCUUUAUCAGUAAACAUCUCUCUUUGAAAUUGGUAAAGAAAACAAAUUAUAGAAACCCUUCUCAAUCUAUUGGAAAGAUGAAGAUCCAGCUGAGUAAUUCCAGUAGCAAGUUAAUGCUCUGUUUUUCUGACUUCUUGUUCUUUUGGGUACUAAAACAGGGGAGAAAGUAAUAGGAGGAAGAGGAGGAGAAGAAGUGAAUGCCAACUCAAUUGAUCAAGUGCGCCAGUUGAUGGUUCCAGUCACUGACUAUCUUUCCGGACAUGGGGUCGUUCAAUUUGAACAUCAUGUUCUCAUCACCAUAUUUUCCAACUGUGAAAUCCACGGAGUUUACAACAGUACAGCCAGGGAAUCCAAGCUGCUGCCGCUAUUUUGCUGGUUUAAACAACCCAGAAAGUAAAACGAUGAUUCACCUUACAUAUGAUAUGGGCCGAAGCAUUAUUGUGGAAGCCUGUGAAAGAUACUUCUGGCAGCCCGACAUGAUUAAAGGCUCGAUCAAGCAUACAGAAAACCGGUUACCGUACGUGACUUCUUUGGAGAACAUACACACAGCCUCUUCAUGGCUAAACGACCCGGGUAGCCGAAACUUCAGGGAAGGAGAAGGUGAGGAUGAAUAGAGUAUCACGUGAGGGAAUGAAUAUCCGUCGUCGUUCGCCGGCAUGCAGUUCAUUUGGUUCGGGAGGUGAGAAAUACGGGAAAUCAAGACCCUCAAUUUUUCAAUUGAUUUUUUUUUUUUUUUUGUGUAUUGGUUAUUUUAAUAUUUAUUGUCACAGGAAAUGUAUCUUUUUUUUUUUUAUUGCAUGGAAAAGAAAGCGAUCAGGGGGAGCCGGUUUGAUGUUAAGUCUUUGUAUCUAAUGUAAAGUCAAUGAUGCAACUUGGCCAGCCCAAUGAAGAUUAACGUAGGCU